AAUUAUACAUUAUUAUUUUAAAUUAAAUUAAUUAAAAAAAAGCUGCAACAAUGCAAAAUUUCAUAAAUUAUUUAAAUUGUAUUAAAUAAAUUUAAAAUAAACUUCUUAUACAAAUACACAUUAUUGUAAAAAAAAAUAUUUAAAAACAAAACAACAAAAAAUAAUAAUUUAUAUUAACAAACAUAAAAAACAAAAUUGAAAAUUCAACAUGUCGCUCAACGGUAAAAAUGCAGAUGAUGCAGCCCAGCAGCAAUUAGAGAAUAAUAAUUAUUACAACAACAAUAAUGACCUUAAAGAUACCUCCUUUACACCAGCAACGACGACGUCGUCGUCAGCGCCUACUGCAACAUCAGCAUUAGGAAAUGCUGCUGCAGACAGCAACAAAACACAUCAUAACACUUCUAGUUCUAGUUUUAUACACAUUCCACCUCCCCCUUCUUCACAUACAACACCAAAAACAACAACAACAACACCAGCAGCAACAACUGCAAAUAGUGAAAGUAUGAGUAACAGUAACAGCAACAGCUUAAGUAGAAGAUCAUUAGAUGUUCACACAUUAGAUAUACAUGAACCACAACAACAACACAAUAACAAUAAUAAUAAACAACAUGAACAACAACAACAGCCAUCAACACCAACAUUAUCUACAAAUUCGAAAUUAAACUCUACAACACAUGAAUACACCAGUAACAAUGGUGUGCCACAUGGACACUAUCGUAAUACAUUACCACCUCAAGAUGAUAAUUUUAAAUUAUUUACAAUUUAUGGAAAUGACACCGACAAUGACAAAUUGUCCGGUUUACCACAUUCGACAACCGGUUCAUUAAGCUCUAUCAUCACGACGUCCAUAGCAUCCUCAGAACCUGAUCCAGGAGCGGGCGGCGGUGGCGGCAAUGGCGGCGGUGGUCAUGAUCCCUCAAAUAGUGUAGAUGAAAAGAUGGCCUUAAAUCGACCGGGUAUAAAGCAAGAGAAAUGGUCUUCGAUCUUAAUACAAGUGUCUAUACCAUUCUUUUUGGCUGGCAUAGGCACAAUAGGAGCUGGUAUUAUUUUAGGUAGAGUAGAGAAAUGGCGAGUUUUUAAGUCUGUUAGUGAAUUGUUCAUUUUGGUACCCGCGCUGUUGGGUCUGAAGGGCAAUUUGGACAUGUGCCUGGCCUCACGUCUAUCUACUCAGGUCAAUUUGGGCAAUAUGACGGGACGCAAAGAGGUUAUACGUAUGAUUGUGGGCAACAUAGCAUUGGUGCAGGUGCAGGCCACGGUGGCAUCAUUUUUGGUUGCUAUGUUUGCGGUGUCGGUGGGAGCUGCCAUGGAUGGUAAUUUCUACUUUGAACAUGUUAUGUUAUUGACGGCGUCCGCAAUGUUUACGGCGACAUCGUCAUGUUUUGUGUUAGACUUUGUAUUAGUGGCUGUGAUAUUAUUAUCUCAAAAGUAUCGUUUGAAUCCUGAUAAUUUGGCAACCCCCUUAGCUGCCUCCAUAGGUGAUGUGGUUUCAAUUAGUUUGCUAUCGUUUAUUGCUUCGAUUUUAUUCGAUAACAUAAAAACUCAUUUAUGGAUAACUUAUGUUGUAGUCGCCUGUUAUCUGGUCUUGUUACCCAUGUGGGUAACAGUUGUAUUAAAAAAUAAAUAUACACGCCCUGUACUCAAGAGUGGAUGGGUGCCAGUGCUGUCUGCAUUGUGUAUUAGUGGUUUGGGUGGCUUGGUGCUAGAUGCUGCUGUCGAAGUUUUCCAUGGCUUUGUGGUAUUCCAGCCGAUUAUUAAUGGUAUUGGCGGUAAUUUGGUAUCGGUACAGGCUAGUAAAAUAUCAACAAUGCUGCAUCAGAGUUCAAUUAUUGGCAUUAUACCACCACAUACAAAAAUAUUCGAAUGGCCCUGGAAAGCUUUGUUCAAAGGAGUGCCCUAUGCUAAAACUGCACGUUUAUUGAUUGCCCUGUCAAUUCCUGGUAAUAUAUUGUUUAUAUAUGUAGCUGAUUAUAUACACAUGUCCCAAUCGACAAUAACCUGGGCGUUUGCUCUCUCAUACUUGCUUGCCAGUUUAAUACAGUUAAUGCUUCUUUUGUAUAUCGCCCACAUAAUUGUGCAUGCCAUGUGGAAGUGGAAAAUAGAUCCGGACAAUUCUUCAAUACCUUAUCUUACGGCCUUGGGUGAUUUAUUGGGCUCUAGUCUGUUGGCCUUGGCCUUUAUAUUCCUGUUAUCGAUUAACAAGGAAUAUGGCGUUGGCUUGGAUACUUUAAAUGCUUCAAACUGAAAAAGAUUGAUUUAUUCAUAUGUUUGUAUGUAUGUGCUGUGAUCGAGAAAGAAGAAGGAGAGAUAGAGAGUGUGACAGAGAUGUUUACAUAUUUGCCCUACAAUGAUUUUGCCAUUCUCAAGUCAUUGUUAAGCAGAAAAUGGAUGCGUGUACUAUUUUAAAAAUAAUUGCCAUAAAUAAAUUUUAACAAAAACUAAAAAAAAAAUAAAUAAAAAUACAAAAGAAAACAAACAAUAAA